CAUUAUUUAACCAAGGACGGAGUGCUAAGGAGAUUUACGUUCAAAAUGUUUACUGGAUUGGUUGAGACCGUUGGUGUCGUCACGGCCCUUGAGCCCCAGGAUGACACUGCCAGCGGCGGCGGCGGAACCUCCCUCACUAUUUCAGACUGCGCAGAGAUACUCACAGAUGCCCAACUAGGGGAUAGUAUAUGUGUCAAUGGAGCAUGUCUAACGAUAACCACCUUCGACAGUUCUUCCUUCAAAGUUGGCGUCGCACCAGAGACACUUCGCCGCACAAAUCUCGGCUCUCUAACAUCAGGGUCGCGGGUAAACCUUGAGCGGUCGGUGACUGCGUCGACACGUAUGGGCGGCCACUUCGUGCAGGGCCACGUCGACACCACAGCGACUAUCCUCUCUGUGACCCCGGAUGGAAACUCCCUUGUGUUCAGACUUCAACCCAAGGAAAAUGGAGUGCUUCGCUACAUCGUGGAGAAAGGCUUCAUCGCCCUAGACGGCGCGAGUCUAACCAUUACGAAAGUAGCUGACGGAGAAAAUGGAUGGUUUGAAAUCAUGCUCAUUGCAUACACUCAAGAAAAGAUUGUCACUGCGAAGAAGAAGCCGGGGGAUCUGGUGAAUGUUGAAAUUGAUAUGGUUGGAAAGUAUGUGGAGAAGAGCGUCGAAGCAUAUUUCCAAGGCCAAACUGGCGGGGAUGCAGGGGCGCUGGAGAAAUUGGUUGGGAGACUCGUUGAAGAAAAACUUCGAGGCAAUGCAGCCGCCUGAUUGGAGAAAACGAUCGUUGUACGGAGUACUCGGGACUGUUCCCGUCCGCCCCUGAACGACCGAAUGAUCGUUCUUAUCUAAUUAUUGAUUAUUUACUUGGACUUGAACAAGGGAAUCGUCGAAGUUGUUAUGACGAGUGUUGAAUAAUAUCUAACAAUAACU